AUGGAUCCAGUAUCCGACGACCUUCAAUUUAUUAUCCACGUCUCCGAUGAAUCAAGUAGUGAUAGUGACGAAAGUGAUAUAAAAAAUGUAUUUCCUAAUUUUUGUUUUGCAAGAAAAUUAAUAAGAGGAAUUUCUCCACAAAAUCGCUCAAGAAACAAGAUGGCAACAAAAACUAUAGCAAGUGCCACCGUCAGAGCUGUUAAGAAACGAGUUCUACCAUCAAGAGCAGCACUUAUAUUAACACAAUCAGCUGUGGCAAAAGUAAAGGAAAUUAUGGCUAAGGAAGAUGCAAAGGGUUCCAUUGGAUUAAAGGUUGGAGUAAGGCAAAGAGGCUGCAAUGGCUUAUCAUACACAUUAGAUUAUGCAAAAGAAAAGGGUAAGCUAGACGAAGAAGUAAAACAAGACGGCGUAACUAUAAUAAUUGACAAAAAAGCUCAAUUAACUCUGUUAGGUACUGAAAUGGACUUUGUUGAAGAUAAAUUGUCAUCGGAGUUUGUAUUUAAUAAUCCAAAUAUUAAAGGAACCUGCGGCUGUGGAGAAUCAUUUAGCAUAUAA